GUCGUUGCUGCCCAUCCUUUCUGGGACGGCGAUGGCCCGUACAAAAUGUCAUAGACAGACGAUGCUUGCAGGGUUACCCAACCACAUAGCGCCGGGCGGCCAAACUGACGUUUCUUGAAGGUAUGUAGCUAUCAAUGGAGCAGCAAAUUCAGGGUGAGUCGUCAGGGCGAGUCGUCAGGCAAAUGCUACGCUACUAUCAGCUACCAGCACUUGUUGCUGCUGCGCAGAGCUACUGCGCAUCGUAGGCGAGAGAUAGUGGCCGAAUUGCCAAUAGGAAAGUAUUGGACCUAAUUUUCUGAACAUAAUUAACAAUGGAAAAAAAAUGGUAACCAAAAAAUCUUGUAAGGGACAAUGAGUUUACAACUCAAUUAUAGUGGCAAUGGCAGUUCGGAGCGGGAGGACGCGGGAGGAAUUGAUGAAACAGGUGAACACGACUUUGCGCUUAUAAAAGCUGGGGUUUUGGGAUUGAUUUUUGUCUUAGCCACAUGUGGGAAUUUGUGCCUUCUGCAUGCACUUUGGAGGAAGCGCAAGAUGAAUACAAAGACCCAACUGUUCCUUCUGCACCUGUGUUUUGCGGACCUAGUGGUCGCUUUCUUCCAAGUCCUACCGCAGCUCUGCAUGGAGAUUACGCACCGGUUCCGGGGCUCAGAUUUCGUCUGUAGGUCGGUGAAAUAUCUUCAGGUGGUUGGGAUGUUCGCCUCCACAUACAUGAUAGUGGCCAUGACCAUAGAUCGGUACCAUGCGGUCUGCAAACCCAUGGUGUCGUUCUUGAAGGGUUCUUUUAAGAGGUACGUCGCCAUAGGCGCAGCGUGGCUGAUCUCUCUGGCUUUCAGCACUCCGCAACUCUUCAUCUUCUCUCUCCAAGAACUAGAGGACAACCUGUAUGAUUGUUGGGCGACAUUUAUCGAACCUUGGGGUUCUAAGAUAUACAUCAGCUGGAUUACUUUAUCAGUGUUUGUUCUCCCGGUUAUCAUCUUGCUGUACUGCCAGAUUAAAAUAUGCACGGGGAUAUACUUUAACAUGAAGAGAAAGGCGCUCCAGGCUUCCACGAGCGACAGGCGCACGGGCACCAAAGGGGUCUCGAGCGCGAUGUUGAAGACGGUCAAAAUGACAUUCGUCAUCAUUAUGGUCUACUCGAUAUGCUGGAGCCCCUUCUUUGUGGUCCAGUUGUGGUCUGCAUGGAGUCCCAGUACAGCGCCCACAAAUGGUCCACUGUUUGUCAUCAUCAUGCUCCUUGCCAGUCUAAACAGCUGUACCAACCCCUGGAUCUAUCUUUACUACAGCUAGGAGACUAGGAGACUAGGAGACUAGCUCUGGCCCAGGGCGCUACUUUCAGCUUCACAGAAGGCUCAGCAGCAGCAAGCCACACAUAACACCAUGGACCAGAGCUAUUGAUGGACCAUGUGGGCAAUAUGGGAACUCCUCCUACUCCACUGCUUCACCUUGUACUGUAUGUAGCAUGUCUUUGAUGUCAUUGAAGACCCAUGGUUUAGACACAUGGAAAUAUUUGUAAAUAUCCUCGUUGAUUCAACAUCAGUAUUGGUAUGUCCUAAUCAAUCACUGAUUAUCUGGGAUGAGCUCCUGUCCUAAUCAAUCACUGAUUAUCUGGGAUGAGCUCCUGUCCUAAUCAAUCACUGAUUAUCUGGGAUGAGCUCCUGUCCUAAUCAAUUACUGAUUAUCUGGGAUGAGCUCCUGUCCUAAUCAAUCACUGAUUAUCUGGGAUGAGCUCCUGUCCUAAUCAAUCACUGAUUAUCUGGGAUGAGCUCCUGUCCUAAUCAAUCACUGAUUAUCUGGGAUGAGCUCCUGUCCUAAUCAAUCACUGAUUAUCUGGGAUGACAGGCCACCAGAAAAACUAUUGUGAGGAAGGAUAUGGGCAUCGGUGAACAACGAAUGGUUGCUUUGUGAGUUUAAUGUAUAUUCUUAUCACGAUCUGGUCCAUAUAUUUAUUGAUGUGUUUGAGCUCUGACGUGUCUUUACAUAGAUAUAUGUAUGUUCUCUGUUUUGUGUAAUGCAACAAUAAAACAAGUCUGUACAUGAUUUGAAUAAUUCACUGAACAAGUCUGCUGACUGUGUUUCAUGUUGAACAUUACUCUGCUCAGGAGGAGUGUAAAUGUGUCCUGUAGGUGGGGUCAUGUGGUUGUGCUGACUGUGUUUCAUGUUGAACAUUACUCUGCUCAGGAGGAGUGUAAAUGUGUCCUGUAGGUGGGGUCAUGUGGUUGUGCUGACUGUGUUUCAUGUUGAACACUACUCUACUGUUGUGUUG